AUGUCGACAAAGUUGGAUAAACAAAAAAUCGUCUACUGCGUCUACAAAUACGCCGAAUCACAUCCAUCGAGACAUCCGUCUAGACAUCCAUGCAGACAUCCACCCAGACAACCACCCAGACAUCAAAUAAAGACAUCCAUCCAGAUAUCCGUCCAGACAUCCGUCCAGACAACCAUUCAGACAACCAUCCAAACAUCCAUCAAGACAUCUGUCCAGACAACCAUUCAGACAACCACCCAGACAUACUACCAGACAUCCAUCCAGACAUCAAAAAAAGACAUCCAUCCAGAAAUCCUUCAGACAUCCAUCCAGACACCCAUUCAGACAUCCAUCGAAUCCUAUCCCAUCCAGACAUCCAUCCAGACAUCAAAUAAAGACAUCCAUCCAGAAAUCCUUCAGACAUCAAAUAAAGACAUCCAUCCAGAAAUCCUUCAGACAUCCAUCCAGACAUCCAUCGAAUCCAAUCCAUUCGAUCCAUCCAGACAUCAAAUAAAGACAUCCAUACAGACAUCCAUGCAGACAACCAUCCAGACAUCCAUACAGAAUCCAUCCAAACAUCCAUCGAGACAUCCGUCUAGACUAGGGAUGGAAGCGAAUAUCCGAACAUCCAUCCAGACAACCAUUCAGAAAUCCAUCCAGACAUACAUCAAGACAUACAUCCAGACAUCCAUCGAAUCCUAUCCCAUCAAUCCAUCCAGACAUCAAAUAAAGACAUCCAUCCGGACAUCCAUCCAGACAAACAUCCAAACAUCCAUCAAGAAAUCCAUCCAGACAUCAAAUCCAGACAUCCAUCCAGACAACCAUCCAGACAUCCAUCCAGAAAUCAAUCCAGACAUAUAUAAAGAAAUCCAUCUAGAAAUAUAUCAAGACAUACAUCCAGACAUCCACCCAGACAACCAUCCAGAUAACCAUCCAGACAUACAUCCAGACAUCCAUCCAGACAACCAUCCAGAAAUCCACCGAGACAUACAUCCAUCCAGACAUAAAUCCAGACAACCAUCCAGACAUACAUCCAUCCAGACAUACAUCCAGACAAACAUCCUUCCAGACAUCCAUCCAGACAUCCAGCCAGGAAUCAAUCCUGACAUACAUCCAUCCAGACAUACAUCCAAACAAACAUCAUUCCAGACAUCCAUCCAGACAUACAUCCAGACAUCAAUCCAGACAACCAUCCAGACAUACAACCAGACAUCCAUCCAGACAUCAAAAAAGACAUCCAUCCAGAAAUCCUUCAGACAUCCAUCCAGACAUCCAUUCAGACAUCCAUCGAAUCCUAUCCCAUCCAGACAUCCAUCCAGACAUCAAAUAAAGACAUCCAUCCAGAAAUCAUUCAGACAUCCAUCCAGACAUCCAUCCAGACGUCCAUCGAAUCCAAUCCCUUCAAUCCAUCCAGACAUCCAUCCAGACAUCAAAUAA